AUGAUGAUGACAGGCGAGUUAUGGACGAGCUUAAGCUCAACAGCCGCGGCCAUAAUGUUCGCUUGGGCUAUGUUCCAGCAGUAUUUCCCCUACGACCUUCGAGAAUACCUUGCCAAAUACGGCUAUCAAUUCCUAACCUUCUUCUACCCAUACAUUCAAAUCACCUUCCAUGAGUACACCGCCGACCGCUUCAAGCGAAGCGAGGUCUACUCCACCAUCGAGGCCUACCUCACCUCCAACUCCUCCCAACGCGCAAAGCGCCUCAAGGCUGAUGCCGGCGAGAACAGCCGCAACCUCGUACUCAGUAUGGACGACCACGAGGAGGUCACCGACGAGUUCCAUGGCAUCAAAUUCUGGUGGUCUUCCAACAACAACGUCUCCAAGACUCCUUCAUUCUCUUUCUACCGGGCAUCCGACGACAAGCGCUUCUACAAACUCACUUUCCACAAGCGCUACAGGGACCUCGUCACCGCCUCUUACCUCAACCAUGUCAUGGAUGAAGGUAAGGCCGUCGGAGUUAAAAACCGGCAGCGGAAGCUCCUUACCAACAACAAGAGCGAAACCUUUAGUAUGUACGGCUACAAGAAAUCGGUGUGGAGUCAUGUGCUGUUCGAGCACCCGGCCACGUUUCAGACUCUGGCGAUGGAGCCCCAAAAGAAGAAGGAGAUCAGGGACGAUCUCAUUAACUUCAGUAAGAGCAAGGACUACUACAAGAAGAUUGGCAAGUCUUGGAAGCGUGGCUACUUGCUCUACGGCCCUCCCGGAACGGGCAAGUCUUCUAUGAUUGCCGCCAUGGCUAAUCUCUUGGAUUACGACAUCUAUGAUCUCGAAUUGACGGCCGUGAAGGAUAAUACGGAGCUACGGAAACUACUGAUCGAGACUACUAGCAAGUCGAUCAUCGUGAUUGAAGAUAUUGAUUGCUCCCUUGAUCUCACAGGCCAAAGGAAGAAGGAGGAGGAGGGGAAAGAGAAAAAGGAAGGGGAAGGCGAUCCAGCAGCAGCUGUUAAAGAGGAAGCGGAGAAAGGCAAGGAUAAGGAGAGCAAAGUGACUCUAUCUGGCCUUCUCAACUUCAUAGAUGGACUCUGGUCGGCCUGCGGAGGAGAAAGGCUUAUCGUGUUCACCACAAACUAUGUGGAGAAACUGGACCCUGCUCUCAUAAGGAGGGGUCGGAUGGACAAGCACAUCGAGUUGUCCUACUGCAGCUUCGAAGGGUUCAAGGUUCUUGCCAAGAAUUAUCUGGACCUGGAUUCCCACCCUCUGUUCGAGACCAUUCAUGGCUUAAUAGACGAAACCCAGAUUACUCCCGCCGACAUUGCAGAGAAUUUGAUGCCUAAAUCCUCAAGGGGGAAUGCCAAGGUGGACUGUCUGGAGGCACUGAUCCGUGCUCUCCAAGUGGCUAAAGAAGAAGCGAGAGUGAAGGCCGAGAAAGCAGAAGCAGAAGCAUUAGCCGCAGCGGCAACCAGAGAGCAGGAACUUCCCACGUCGACAAACGAAGCACAGGAGAAGAAGUCGUUGACUAAAACUGAAGACGCUGAGACCGGGUCGACCCAGUUGGAAAACAAUAAUACGGUUUGACGUGAGAUCCAGAUCCGGACCAACUAGUAUUAGAGACUCCGUUAGCUUUUAAAAAUAAAUAAGAAAGGGAUGAAAUGGUUAACAGGUUAAGGGGGUUGUGAUACUGUAAUAGGUUAUAAGUCGUUUUUUAUAUUUAAACGGUUAUUUUCUGUUUGGAUUUGAAAAUUUGAAACGGUUAUUUCUGC